UCGGGCCCGCGGGCCGGAGGUCGGCGCACCAUGGCGCAGCGCUCGGGGAAGAUCACUCUCUACGAGGGCAAGCACUUCACGGGGAGGAAGCUGGAGGUCUUCGGGGACUGUGACAACUUCCAGGACCGGGGCUUUAUGAACCGCGUGAACUCCGUCCGCGUGGAGAGUGGGGCCUGGGUCUGCUUCGACCACCCCGACUUCCGGGGCCAGCAGUUCGUCCUGGAGCACGGUGACUACCCGGACUUCUACCGCUGGAACGGCCACAACGACCACAUGGGCUCCUGUCGGCCUGUGGGAAUGCACGGGGAGCACUUCCGCCUAGAAAUCUUCGAGGGCUGCAACUUCACGGGCCAGUGUCUGGAGUUCAAGGACGACUGUCCGUUCCUUCAGAGUCGGGGCUGGGCCAAGAACUGUGUCAACGCCAUCAAGGUGUACGGGGACGGAGCGUGGGUCCUGUAUGAGGAGCCCAACUACCGCGGCCGCAUGUACCUGGUGGAGCGGGGGGACUUCCGCAGCUUCUCCGACUGGGAGGCCCACAGCGCGCGCAUCCAGUCCUUCCGUAGGGUGGCCAACUUCUUCUAGCCACCCGUGGGGUCUGGCCACGACCAGGAGCGGCCCGGAGAGAAGCAGUCCCCUCCGGCCCCGCCCGGGACUCGGACUCUGGGGAAUAAAAGUCAUAAAGCGGAGAGCUGGGCUGGCCUGAUUUCCUUGUCCUUUGUGACCAAGGGACAGCUGCUGGG